AUGGCUCUGGACUUCGAUACAAAAAGAUUCACAGAACUUGAAGAUUUACAGAUCAGAGGAGAGCUGGAACAGCUUCGCCGUAUUGUUGUCAAAAAUCUGGAUAACGAUGCUUUCGUCAGAUACAUAAAGCGCUUUCGAAAACAACAGGAGCGACACGAAAUUGUCGAAUAUCUCGCAAGUGCGUUCCCAAAAAGCAUCGAUAUUUUGGACGUGAACGGUCGAGCAGCAAUACAUUAUGCCGCAAUUCAGCAGAAUGCAAUUUAUGAUACUCUGAUCGACUGCGGGGCGAACGAAUUGCUCGCCGAUCGGACUGGCCUAACAGCAGCACAAUAUCGUGAAAAUCCCCGCACCACGCUAUCAGUGCCGUCACCUCUAAUGUCUGCCACAGCUGGACUCACUUUCAAUCGAUUCUUGCUUGACGAAAAUUUGUAUGACCCCGGUAAUGCUAACUUUUCUGCGCAAUUUUUAAGUAAAGCAUUUUUUGAAAAAAAAGUCUUUAUUUUGGAUGCUCCAAGUGAGAGCGACCUGAAUCAGUGGCUUCUGGAAGGUAACGUUGAUCAGCUGGAGCAAGUUCUUCUGGAUGGACGUGGUCAUUUGCUGGCUGACAGAACUUCUACCAUUGAAGCUGUGAACGAAUUUCUCAAUGGAAUACCCAAAUAUCAGAGCAAAAUCGACGCCAUUCACAAGGCCGUAGAAGAGGGAGACGUACGUCGCGUGAAGUCUCUGAUCGAUCGCGAGCAGCUUUCGACAGCUCGCAAUAAAUAUGGUAAUUCCGCGGGCCGAACAGCGCUUCACUACGCAUCGGCUGACUCGACUGGCGAGCAUUUGAUCAAACUGCUUCAGAGGGCAGGCGCUGAUGCGUUCGUUGAGGAUAAGCUCGGACAUACUCCUUUUUACUACCGAACGCAUGGACGCCACUUGAACAUGAAGAUGCUGAAGGACAAUGCAGUGAUGAAUGAACUUAUCUCGGGCCAAAUGAACAGAACAUUGCUUCAAGAUCUGGAAGAAGAUGUCUCGGAUUGGAUUCACACAGGAAAUGUCGGGAAGCUUGAGGAACUGGUUCUCAAUGGCUACGCAGAUUUUCUGCUUGGCCGAUCACACGAAGUCGACGAUCCGGAUACUGUUAACUUCCUUGACGUGCUGCCACAGUACCAGAAAAUGGCGUUUUGUCGAGAUGUUCGACAUAUGGCGCCGCUUCACAAAACCCUGGUUUUCGGCCAAACUGAUAUCGCCAAAUAUCUAAUCAAAAAUUAUCCGCAGUCAACAAACGCCAUGGAUCAGAAUAAGCGAACGCCGCUUCAUUACGCAGCAGCGUUACGUGACGGUGGCUAUUUGUACAAGCUAAUGCGAAAAGCUGGAGCUGAUCCAAAUGUUUACGACUACGUAAGUUAUCCAUAAAA